CUAUCUUCUUCCUUUCUAUCUAACAUAAUCCCCCAAAAAACAAAAAAAAAAAAAAAUGUUUUCUUUUAAGAGGCUUCUACAUUGUUUAUUCUUCAUAAUUAGCUCUCUAACGGCUGCAACCUCAGCUGCCAAUUUCUACCAAAAUGUUGAUAUUACUUGGGGUGAUAAUCGUGGUAAGAUCCUCAACCAUGGUCAACUUAUCUCCUUAUCUCUCGAUAAGGCCUCUGGAUCUGGUUUUCAAUCCAAGGAUGAGUAUUUGUUCGGGAAAAUUGACAUGCAAAUCAAGCUAGUCGCUGGAAACUCCGCUGGCACUGUUACUACAUACUAUUUAUCUUCUCAAGGUCCAAACCAUGAUGAGAUUGAUUUCGAGUUCUUGGGAAACUUGUCUGGUAGUCCUUACACACUCCAUACAAAUAUCUAUAGCCAAGGAAAAGGCAACAGAGAACAACGAUUCCGUCUUUGGUUUGAUCCUUCAAAGAACUUUCAUACCUACUCCGUGGUUUGGAACAAAUAUCGAAUAAUUUUUUUUGUGGAUAGCAUUCCAAUUAGGGUGUUCAACAACUUGGAAAAGAUUGGUGUUCCAUAUCUUAACAAGCAAGCAAUGAGGAUUUACUCGAGUUUGUGGGAUGCUGAUAACUGGGCAACACAAGGAGGGAGAGUGAAGACUGAUUGGACAAAAGCUCCUUUUACUGCUUAUUAUCGGAACUUCAGCGCCAAUGCUUGUAUUCAUUCGCAAGGAUCAUCAUCGUCCUGUGUGUCGUCGACCAAGUCUUUCAUGGAGGAUGAUCAAGCGUGGCAGAAUUAUGGUCUUGAUGCUAAAGGAAGGAAUAGACUUCGUUGGGUGCAAAAGAAGUACAUGAUUUACAACUACUGCACUGACUUCAAACGCUUCCCUCAAGGCCUACCCAAGGAAUGCAAGAGAUCAAGAUUCCUCUAGGAGAAUAUAUAUGAUGCCAGGUGUAUUAUUGACUAUAAAGGUAUAGCCUACUUUAAAUCCCGAAUCGAUCUUUCUAGAGAAGGGCCAAUAAAAUUCUGUAUAAUCUGUCCACGAGCUAUCGAAAUUAAACCAAAAGAGAUGGGAGAAAUGGCUGCAUCUCAUAUGUUUUUGUAUCUUGUUCAUGAGAUUUAUGUCUUAUGGACAUUCUUUUAUUUGUUAAUUAUGAAAUUAAAUCAUGGCU